GGCAUUAUUGGAAAACAUUCUGCGAUGUCUAUGGCAGAUAUAACCUCUAAACUACGUGCUUUGAACUUGACUCACGGCGCGUUUGUGUCGCAUGCUCCAACUACUUCCCCCGCCUCAUGGAAAGAAGAACUCACCAAGACAGGGAACGUCCCUACUCCCUACCAGCUCGUCAAAACCCUUGUCUUUAAGCCAAAAACUGCAAAGAAUGCGACUCCGAUCCCAGUGAUCGUGAUCGCCAGGGAAGACACGGAGACAAACUCCUCUGCACUUGGGAAACGAUUGAACUUGAAGGACUUGAGACUAGCAUCAGCGGAUAUCUUGCAAGAGUUCCUCGGCGUCGAUAAGGAUGCCUUGUCUGCUCUGUCCCUCACCCCUGAAACAUUCCCUAAAGUCCACACUAUCAUCGACGCGUCUCUAGCCGAGUCAUCUUCUUUCUAUGCCCUUCACCCUUCCAAAUCCGACGCAACGGUCUUCCUACGAGGCCAAGACAUUGCUACAUACCUCAGGAGUCUAGAAACCCCGGAGCACACAGUUCUCGUAGAAGAUUUUCAGGCCUUGAAGGCUGAAUCGCUUGUUCAGCCUGCUCCGUCGGUCGCUGCCAAGAAACCGGAACAAAAAGGGGAGAAAGAGGAUGCCCGCAUAGAGGGCGCAAAGCUCAUCGCUAUUGGUAUAAAAAAAGAAGUAGAUUUCGCAGGGUGGUACACGAACGUUCUGAUCAAAUCGGAGAUGAUCGAUUACUAUACUGUCAGUGGGUGCUAUAUUUUAAAACCAUGGUCGUACACCAUCUGGGAAGCCAUUCAAGAGUGGUUCAAUGCUCGGAUCAAGGAUAUGGGUGUUGAGAAUGCCUAUUUCCCACUAUUCGUUUCUCAAAAAGUCCUCGAGAGGGAAAAGGACCACAUUGAAGGCUUUGCCCCGGAGGUUGCGUGGGUUACACGAGCUGGGAGCUCGGAGCUAGAGGAGCCUGUCGCCAUUCGUCCCACGUCAGAAACUGUCAUGUAUCCCUACUACGCGAAAUGGAUCCAGAGUUAUCGUGAUCUUCCUCUCAAACUCAACCAGUGGAAUAGCGUUGUGAGAUGGGAGUUCAAGAAUCCACAACCUUUCCUCCGUACACGAGAGUUCCUUUGGCAGGAAGGACACACUGCACAUGCCCGAAAAGAAGACGCAGAUAUUGAAGUCCGCCAAAUUCUUGACCUCUAUCGCCGCGUCUAUGAAGAGCUCCUUGCUGUCCCAGUUAUUCCUGGUGUCAAGUCCGAAAAGGAAAAAUUCGCUGGAGGGCUGUACACUACCACUGUCGAAGGCUUCAUCCCCACCUCAGGCCGUGGUAUCCAAGCCGCGACCUCACACUGCCUCGGACAAAACUUCAGUAAGAUGUUCGAGAUUGUCGUCGAGGAUCCUGAGAAACCUGCCGGAUCAAAAGACUCCAAAUUAUUCGUGUGGCAGAACAGUUGGGGUCUGUCAACUCGAGCGAUUGGUGUGAUGGUUAUGGUGCAUGGGGAUAAUCAAGGGCUGGUACUGCCUCCACGCGUAGCUAGCGUACAGGUGGUUGUCAUUCCUUGCGGUUUGACGGCUAAGAUGUCGGCAGAGGAAAAGAAGAGGAUUUUGGAUGCUUGUGAUGACACGGCUGCAACGUUAAAGAAGGCAGGCGUCCGUGCUAGAGCCGAUUUACGGGAUACGUAUACUCCUGGGUGGAAGUUUGCUGAUUGGGAGCAGAAGGGUGUCCCACUCCGACUUGAGAUUGGACCUCAGGACCUCAGAGCUAACAAGACACUUGGUGUUCGUCGUGAUGAUGCGACAAGACAUGACAUUUCAAUCAAAGAGCUCACAACUGCGGUUCCAGCCCUCUUGAACAAGAUUCAAGAUGACAUGUACAAGCGCGCAAACGAUAUUUUCCAGGCAAGAUUGAAGACGGUCACCGAAUGGGAUCAACUCGUGCCUACGUUGGAUGCUAAAUGCAUUGCGGUCAUUCCUUGGUGCGAGGAAACGUCUUGCGAGGAUGACAUCAAGGAGCGUAGUGCCCGAGCUGCUGAGCAGACAGAUGAGCGUGCACCAUCGGCUGGCGCAAAAUCGCUCUGCAUUCCAUUUAAUCAAGAACGUUGGGGCACUCCAGCCGAGGGGUACAAAUGCCCCGCCUGUCAACGUCCUGCUAAACGCUGGUCGAUGUUCGGGCGCAGCUAUUAGCCGUUGACGUUGACGUCAAAUUACAAGGGUUGUAUUUUGUCUGGGGAAUGACUGGCGACUACAGUGGUAUCCGCAGUGCUGUAUUUUUUGUAGCCUCUUCAUCAAUUGCUCAGUACGCUUAUGCAGCGAUGACACAAAUGAUCAGGUUGCUUCGCUCUCCAUUGCCAGCAUCUUGGACAUUUGUGAUCUGAUGAAGGGUGAAUCGAAACAAGCAAGC